AUGGCGCUUCCACUAAGCAUCUUCCUUGGCGGCUGUGUCGUCGCCAUCCCCGUAGUAACAGGCGUCGCCCAAGGCGUGGAGCACCAAAAGAAACAAAACGAAGAAGCAGCCAACGAGUCGCGCAUGUGGAAGUUCAACUGCCUUGUCAGUUGCGCCGAUCCAGAUCCCAUUGCCCAAGAAGAGGUGGAUCAUGGUAUCCUAGUCGUGCGACAUGAUAAAGUCUGGGUAGUACCGAGAGAUGAGGACAAUAAACCUCAGUGGCCGGAAGGCUAUGAUGGAGAAGGGAAAGAACCGAUGCAUCCUUUCGCCGGCUUCUAUAUUGCGUAUCCAGAUGAAGAUAGGAGUCCACCCGAAAGAGGGUUGGUGACUACCAUCAGCGAUGAUCCACCAAUGUUGAACUGGGCAGCAUCGCGCACCAUGUCGGCGUCUGGGACUGGACAGAAGAUGAAACGCACCUAA